CUCCUUUCAACUCAACGAGCCGUUUCGCACGUAACAACAUUCAAUACUUGACAGAUAACAAAAUGGCAGCUUAAAGUGAUUAUUAAACAAAAGAUUCCAAUUAAAUUGUAAUAAUGGAGAAAUUAAACCAGAAAUAUCAACCAGCAGUGAAAAAAGUUUACGGUGUUUUAAUGAAAUAUAAUUUAAAACCUGAUUGUUGUAUAAAGUGCAGUAAAAUAGGAAAAAUUACUGACAAGAGAUCCAGAAGAGUGACAAACAGAUUUUGUACUCAUCGUUCUACAUUUGGGAAUUGUAAUAUUGAUACUGAUAAUAAUCAUUUAGGACAUUCACGUAUUAUUGAUAUUAUUAUUUAAUUAUGGUGCAAAUAGAAAGAAUGUCGACGAAUAGUAUGAGUGACGUCAAAAUGGGACAGAAUUGGCGUGCCUCUCUAGAUAAGAAUUGGCGCUCGCCUGGUCCGACGGCGCCCAGGUAUUUUCUUCCCAGAUACAAUAGUUCCAAAGUAAAUUUCGAAUCUUCAACAAUCACAUUCUUGAAUAGUAUGAUAGCUUUACCAAGGCUAAAUUUUGGUUUAUGUAAUUCGCAAGAUUUGAAAAAGAUUGUCCACGGGUAAAGUUGAUUUUUAUCCAGAUUUCGAAGGGAUUACAAAAAUUGUUCAGACACAUUUGCCAACAGUCAAAAUUUUAGUGAUUCGUAUAAUAGAUCAACAAACAUAUUCUCAUUUUUAUCUCAAAGUAAAGUUAUUGAAAGCGAGAAGCCCGUAGAAACAAAGUCCAUGUUGGCAGAAACUAUAGUUUCAGAGAAACCAUUGGCAAGUGAAAGUAAUAAAGAAGAGAAAAAGUGCAUUAAUUUAGAAAACACAAGCAGUAAGAUAACAACAGAAAAUAAGCUUCUGAAAGAUUCAAAUAUGCAGCAAGUUAAACAUGGAACUACUUCAUCACAAAUCCAAGAUACAAACGAUAAAAUUAUGCAAAAACCAACAACCAGACACUGCAGUAAAUCUAAGCAUAGCAAACCUAAAAAACGAGGCAAAUCAAAAUCUUCAAAACAUAAGAAUAAAUCCAAUACUAUACACGAUAUGCUUGAUGACUAUUAUCAAGGCUUCGAGGACCAAAUUGAUGAUUGUGAUGAUGAAUUUAGCAACAAAUUAUCUCCUCAAACACUACAAAAUUAUCCCAACAGUUGUUCUAGUAAACUAUCACAAAGUUUUGAAAAAUGUUGGAAUUAUUUACAACGCCUUCCACCAGUUAAACAUUUCAGCAAUGUCAUGUCAACAACAAAAUCACCCACAGAAACUAAGAGCGACUUUGUUUAUGUACACAAUUUAGAUAAUGGGCAUUUAGCCACAGAAAAUUUGGGCAUAAACAAUGAAAAUAUUCCUAAACGUAAAAGAAUGUCUUCAGAGUGUGAAACUGAAGACAGUUUUGUGAUAUUUGCUGAUGAUAAUAAAAAUGAUCCGAAAAGGAAUAAUUUGAAUCGGAAACCAUCUCUAUGUGAUAGUAAUGAUAGUUUUGUAAUUUGUUUUGGGGAGAGUAGCCAGUCUCCAGAAGAGUGUUUCAUGUUUGACGAUAUGGAAGAUAGAUUGAGUUACGAGAGUGAUGAUAGUAGUUAUUAUGAUGAUAGCAGUGACUGUGAAAGUGAUAGCGAAGUAUCGGGUAGUGAUAGUAUAUGUAGUGAUACUUGUAGAAGGAAUAGUUUGGAGAAUGAUAGAGAUGUAACUGAUUUUCGGAGGAAAAGCAGAUCUGGGAAAAAGGUUAGUUUUGAUACAAAGGAUCCUGUAGUACAUCACAUGGUCGCAUGGAGUUUUGCUUACCAUCAGGCUCGAAAGGGCGAAUGGGAGCAGUAUGGCAGAGAUCGGGUCAGAUUUGAACAGAGGAUAGAAAAAACCAAAACAAUAUUAGACCCUAUCUUGGCUCAUGAUCAUAGACAAAGAAUAUUCGAAGAUAGAUUUAGGAAUUUUGACAAAACAACUCAAGAUCCGAUAUCAGUAGUAGAUUUUGACGAAGUCGAUGGAAGAAAUAAUAAUACUUUGAAAAUUAAUUAUAAAGAUUUGUUGAAUAAAUAUGAAGACAGUUUCGACACUAAAUCUGGUCCCCAAGGAGAGAGUUUAGCUAUUGAUGAUCAUAAUGAGAGGACUGAAGAUCAUAUUUUAAUAUGCAAUGGAAGCAUGACACAUUCAAGAGAACAAGAAGCACAUAUGGAUAGUUAUUCAAUACAAAAUUGUAAACCAAAAAAACAGGCUGACAAAAAAGAAUUCAAUAAAUUGCUAGAGCAAACUUAUGUAAGAUAGCUUUUAUGAAAAAUAGUAAUCAUAUUUGGAGUUACUUUUUAUUUUUUUACCUGUGAUAUCAUUAUUGCAAUAAAAAUUAUGAAAUAAUUGGAA